CUAGAACAGAGUCCGCAAGUGGGAGGUGUGCACGAGCGCAGCGUGUGGUGGAACUGGAGUCACACUAUAUUUUCUAUUAAAAGAUCAGUGGGCAGCGCACCUUUCUCUUUUUAAUAGACAGUCACUACACAUCAAUGAACACGAACAACCGUCAGUUAUUCUUACUGCGGUCCGCCGUGAAGAAUUAACAUUGUUGAUACAAGUGGGCGCAGCAAACCAGGCUUGUGAUGUGACAAGCGCGCACUAUGAGCAUUUCGCAGGACAUCUCUCUAGGUCGCAUUUGACAACCUUGACACACCGUUAUUUUGGAGAAUAAAAACUAUCGAAUUGUACGUCGUAUUGUCAAGUUAAUCGUGGAGACUGGAGUUCGCUUCUCGAUGUGUCAGGGAUAAUUGAACAAUACAGAAGAAGUGGUGUGGUUUGUGUCCAUGCUGCAGCGAUAACCAGCCUUUGCCCAACCCCUUCAAAAUGUACAUUUGACCCGGACACAAACAUAUCUCAGGUGCCUCGGGUCUACAAUGAUAAGACAAUAAAUGGCAGAGAUAGGAGAAAAUGUGGCAAGAGGAAGAGAAGAAGGAGAUGAUGGAGUGGGAGGUUUAAGGCCACCUCAUGACCCCCAGAGUCCUGCCCACUUUCCCUUUUCUGCUCCCCCAGUUAGGGCCCACCAUGUCGGGCUCAGGAGGGGCAUCGUGAUCCAGCUAACAGGCACAGAGGGUGAGUGGGACAGUCUGGAUGACAACGAGCUCAUCUUCCCCCCUUGAACACAACGACUAUGACGACCAGACUCCCUACAUCUCCCUCUCCAAGGAGAGACAGAACUCCAUGGAAGAGGAGAACCAACACUGCCUGCACUCCCCAGCCUUCCACGUACCCCUCUCCCCCCUCCUCACCUGGGUCCCUGGGGGACUGCUCCAACUCAGCCCCCAGCUUCCUCUCCCCCAGCCCAACCACCCCCACCCACCGGCCACUGGCUAGCCUGGUCAAGUCCCUGUCCACGGAGCUGGAGCUCCCUCAUGGCUCAUCCCUCAGACCUAGGCCCUUCCUCAGCCUAGUCAAGUCCAUCUCUACUGAGAUCUCCCGCUCAGAGCCAGAGGUGUCGCAGUCCAAGUCUGACUCCCGCCUCAACCUGCACCUGCAGUGGAAGAACCUGACUCAGCCUAAGGGAAGGAGUGACGGAGACUCCCGUACCGCCCCACCCUCGCCCAUCGCUCUAUCCCCGUCCGAGGGCACCAAGGCGGGCUUCUUCAAGAUGGAGCUGGAGGACACGAAGCGGAAGUUCUCUGAGGCCAUGCAGGAGCCUAUGUUCAGUAAACCUAUCAGUAUUUUCAGUAAGAUCAUGGGGGAUGAGAAGGAGAAUGCAGCAGCAGGCAGCCCCAAGCACCAGAGAGCUACAGGGACUCACUCAGCUGGCUCCCCCAGCUCCAGAGGUGUCUAUGUGGGGAGGAUGGAAAGCACGGAGGUGGGCAUCACAGAGUCUCCGCUGCGGAGUGCCAAGAGAACGGAUGGCGACUCUCCGCCGGUGUUUGACUGGCCGUGUGUCAAACACCCAAAGAAGGGUCUGCCCACUAGAACAUGUUCUGUCCACUAUCACCACGGUAACAAACCCAAUGACAAUUCAGAGGAACUGGAGAUCUGCACCUAUGAUGAAGUCAUGCAGGUUGUUGCCAUUGAGAGUCAUCAUCACAGUCGCCCGCGGAGAUUGCCUGGUUCACUGAUCUCCUCAGGACCCCAUCGUGUGGUUGUUCAACCCACCUCUCCACCGCCUCCACCACACAUGGUGUUGUUCUGUGUGGCUGUGUUGUCCUACGCCUACUUCAUCCUUCCCCUGGGCCCCUAUAUAUCAGGCCUGGCUCUGGGCAUGGCCUUUGGCUUCCUGCUGGGGCUGCUGCUCAUCAGGUUGGGCUCAACUAGACACACAACUCAGCCACAUCCACACAGAGAUGUUCAGGCCCUGACUGAGGUUGUUAAGCAGGCUGAUACCCUCAGCAACGAAUCAGACGUCCUCAAGGGCUGGCUGAACGAGAUGUUUGAGUACGACCCAGAGACCUACCACCUGUCCCUGACCCACUCUGUGUUCGCCAGCCUGGAGGGGCACUGCCUUCGCCUGGACUACCCCAGGAACAACAUCAGCCGCAGAGCCACCUACGAUGAAAAGCCUCCCGAUGCUGCGGUUGUCAGCACACGCUGCUUCCAGCUACGACACAGCAAGGUGUUCCUGCUGCCCUCUGAGCUAGCCCGUAAGAGGCUGUGGAACCUGAAGUACCCUAUCUGCAUUGAGCUGACAGAGGGAGAGGGGGUCAUGGAGGAGGGGAGGGGCACAGUGGAGACCCCAAAAGCGGAGCAGGGGGGAGACCCCCAACUCCAAACACGACCCACCUCCAACCCCAAACCAGCAGCCAACCUCCCCACAACCCUAUACCUCUUCGGACGGACAGGAAGAGAGAAGGAGGAGUGGUUUCAUCACUUCCUGUCCGCGUCCAUGGUAAUGGAGAAGGAGAAGGAGAAGGAGAAUGAGAGGCCUGGCAGAUGUGUUUGCAGAUCAGAUGUGCCGGUAUUGCGAGGGGUGAGCCCAUCAAGACGGUCCCAGGACAGCAGAGGUUCCAGCAGGAUUGGGAGCACUGAAGAGGACCUCCCCGUUCCCCCUUCUGCCCCCUCCAUCCAACCAUCCAGGGUGGGCUCUCCACUGCUGGACUACCCCACCUACAUGGCUCGAUUCCUGCCCUCAGAGCAGCCCAGCCCCCUGCCCAGUCCACCCCUCAACAGCACAGAGACAAGCCCCACCAACAAAGUGAGGUGCACCUGUGAUUUCCCAGAGUUCCCGGUGGAGGACAACACUGACUGGGUCAAUGCACUGAUUGGUCGAAUAUUCUGGGACUUCCUGCGUGAGAAAUAUUGGGCGGACAUUGUCUCCAGAAAGAUCCAGAAAAAGUUGAGCAAAAUCAGACUGCCUUACUUCAUGAAUGAGCUGACUCUGACUGAACUGGACAUGGGCUCCUGUCUGCCCCAAAUCACCAGUGCGUCCAGACCUGUAGUCAACAGCAGAGGCUUGUGGCUGGAGCUGGAGGUGGUAUACACUGGGGCCCUGCAGAUGACCCUGGAGACCAAGAUCAACCUGUCCAAACUGGGCAAGGAGGGCAAGGAGGGAAGCCUGGACACUGACAGCCUCACUGAUACUGGCAGCCUAGGGUCCAGACCCGUCCUCAGUGUUUUGGCUGACAGUGAUGAAGAGUCCUCCAGCGCCGGCUCUUCUGAUGAGGAGGAAGUACUGCUCUCAGAGCACCAAAGCAUUGUGGGAGAAAAGGGGAUUCUACCUGGUGCUGAAGGGAUUGCUGUUGGUGGCGGGAGGACAGGCAGGCGGAUUUUGAGAUUUGUAGACAAAAUUGCUAAGUCUAAGUACUUCCAGAAGGCGACAGAGAAUGAGUACAUCAAAAAGAAGAUUGAGGAGAUGUCCAACACGCCCCUGCUGCUGGCAGUGGAGGUUCAGGAGCUUUCUGGAACACUGGCUGUCAACAUCCCUCCUCCCCCUACUGAUAGAAUAUGGUACAGUUUCUGUGUGCCUCCCAAGCUGGACCUGCGUGUCAGACCCAAGCUGGGGGAGAGGGAGGUCACCUUCUGUCACGUGACCGAGUGGAUCGAGAAGAAGCUGCAGGAUGAGUUUGAGAAAGUAUUUGUGCUGCCCAACAUGGACGAUAUCUACCUGCCUCUGAUGCAUUCUGGGAUGGACAGUCCUCCAGCUGGGCUGCUGGAGGAGUGUCCAGCCCAGUCGUCACACUCACAACACUCCUCCAUGGAGUCCAUCGAGAGGAUCUCCCAGGAUAAUACUGUUGCAGACUUGGACUUGGACGACACUGAACAAAAAUAUGAACUCAACAUGUAAAGUGUUGGUCCCAUAUUUCAUGAGCUGAAAUAAAGGAGAAUUUCUGUCUGUAAUAAAGCCAUUUUGUGGGGAAAAAGUCAUUCUGAUUGGC